UUUUAUUUUUCUUCCUCUUUUUCUCUCGGCCAUGCGCGGUUUCGUUUCCGACCUGAUUGAUGCGAUCGCUGACGCGCUGUCGCGACCUUUCUCCUCAUGUGACCACACCGUGUUACAGCUUUAGCUCCGCGAGAGAUUCGCGUGGAUCGAUCACGUACAGCAUGACUUGGACCCUGCGGACUGUAAAGCGGACGAACGUUUUCUGCUGCUGGACAAACGAUGUGGCGCCGUGCGUUUGGCACGGACCGGGGACUCCGCUUCACUUAGCGUCGGGAUCACGUCAGUGCAUCAGCAUCCAGCCAGGUGAGGUGAGGACAAGGACAAGAUCGGCAUCUCCCCUAUUUGUCCAUCAACAAAACCAAAUGCCUCGGUGCCGGCCACCCACAGGCCACCUCAACCACGACGGGCGCCAAACAAUAAAAGUCUUGGCCCAGUGUCCCUCAGACAGCCUGCACAAAGCAAAUAUUUGAGGCCAUUAUAUCUAAUUUCUCCGUGCAGCUGUCACUGAAAGGAUCAACAGUGAAGGGUGUUGUUGGGAGAUAAAAAGGAGAGAAGAAAAAGUGGGGGAGGAAAAAAGUAACCCUUUCAAAGUGCACCCUGCAUGCUAUUUCUGCUGGGCUGUGGGCAGAGAGCGUCUCAUUUGGGAGUGCUUUUGGCUGACAAAAAAAGCACGUCCCUGUGCCCUGCCUUCCUAUCCAAAUGCCUGUGUAAAUACUGGAUAGAGAUAUCAAUUUGUCUUGGCUCUGACAAGAGACUGUUUGCUAUCUAUAGAAAAAGGUUAAAACAAACUUGGACUCUGUGGUCUCCUGAAUUGCUACUUGUCUAUUACCCUUCAAGGAAGAUUCAAGAGCUGCGAGGAGCGGGAUGAGAGCCGCCCCAGUUUUCUACACUUAAAAACCUGUAAACAGCCUCACGAGUAUUGAAAUCUUCACAGGGCCAACAAGAUCUAACUUGGGGAAACUGUGAUUCUUUGAGCGGCUGCAGUUUUGAUGUCUUUUCCAGCUUGGUGAGUCAACAUGAAACCCCUAACACCGAUUGGAUCGCCGUCUCCUCUGAGGCUGCUCAACAAGGGUCCAGACUACCUGCGCAGGCAGAUUGAUGGCGGGGGCCAUGGCCGCACAAUCAGCGCAGUGGAGAGGCUGGAGGCGGACAAAGCCAAAUAUGUGAAAAGCCAGCAGGUGAUUAACACCAAACAGGAGCCUGUUCUGGUGCCCUGUGCCACACCACCACCGCAACACCGGCGUGGUGUUGCCAUCUCGGGUAGCCUGACCCCUAAUCUUCCUCCAUGUAGUUCGUCCAACACCCCCUUCACCACGCUGUCGGGCUCCUUCACUUCACGAGAUCAAUAUGAAAAUGAUGACUCCAGAAAGGAGAACAGGCGGACUUCUGUUGACACCGAGACACGUAACAGGAGCAAUGUGAACAAUGCACUGCCUCCAAGCCCCAGGACACCUGGAAUUAACGCCUUUGUAGCGCCGCACAGUGCUCCUGUACUCAGGAGAAACACAGGCAAACGCAUGCUGAGGCCAGACUCCCUCGUCAUCUACCGGCAAAAGAAAGAGUGCAAAAGCCCCAGUGGCGCAGCGUUGGGCGAUAACAACAUGGAAGUUAAGGGAUACAGUUUUGUCCGCCGCCUCUUUCAGGGCUCCAUGAGGGAGAAGAGCAGUGGAGGUGAAGGCAGAAUUCAGAAGAUGGUGAUCAGUGAAGAGAAAGCACCAUCACGGGAUGGGGACUCCCGCAUGUCUUGGACCAAUGACAAAGAAACUGUUAAUGGUGGACCAGGGAGCAGGAGGUCGAGUAAAACGGACCAAGAACGUAGCCCGGGCUCCAUCCCUAGUCCUGGGUUAAGCUGCACACUUGAAUGGACUAAGAGUGGAUUUACAGAUAGUACCAGUGAAGAAGUUAACAAUGGCAUCACCAAUGGAAACUACUCAAGUAACCAUGAUGACGAGAAUGACCCAUGGAAGCGGGCAUCCCCUCCACCAGCACCCAGAAGGCAGUUUGGGGAGUUGCGUCGCUCCAAGUCAGACCUGCGUCUGCGCUGCUCUGUAGCAUUAUCAGAGCAGGAGCAUUUCUUUGAUUUCUGCGGACUGGAUGUGGACUUGAUCAAGCGCCUGGGCCGUGAGAAUUUCCUUUCUGGGGCCAGCUCCAUAGACACACUCUCGUUGGCCCUCCGCAGUGUGGGUGGGGACGGCUGCGGUGGCUCAGAGCCCAGUGAGUUCUCCCGCCACUCAGGAGACGGCCUGUUUCAAGAGGAGGUGGCUGAGCAGCUUCCCACUGGGGUGUCAAUCAUCGAGAGGAACGCCCGUGUCAUAAAGUGGCUUUAUGGUUGUAAGAACGCUGCUAAAGAGGGACCCAAAGAGUCUACUGUUUAAUAUGAAGAAAAGGAACCAUGUGCCAUGGAGUGCUGAGAAACUGAAGUUGUUAUUUCUUGUGAAACUCUCGGUUCUGCAGACUUCUGCCCUUUGUGCAGACAUUUGCCACCGAAAUUCACCAAAAGCCAAAAGUAAAGGCAUUUCACUUGAACUUAAAAAUCAACAUUCAGAAUGGGCUGUGAUUAGCAGGCCACACACAAGGGAAAAGAAGGAUCUGGUUCUAUUUUUGAGCUGCAAGGAGAAAUGCAAGUCAAGGCGACUGAGCUUUGCUGGGCGAAGCUGCCGGCAAAGUGUGAUUUUUCUUUUACAUUUCAAAUGUGAAUCAGGGACCAUUGGUUUUGUUUCAGCUGCUCAUAUCUGUGUUAGCAUUCCAUGGCACAUAGUUACCUUUGCUCCUUUUGUUCUUCCCGACUCCAAAGAGGCUGUUUCUUCAAAUAAGAGGACUGCUUCUAGUUAUCAUGUGUCAAAUUGAUAUGUUGUAUUUAUAGAUCCUGUGGAAGUAUUGUUUGGGUGAAGACUGACCUAACUGGCUAAUGGAAGAUUUUCUCCGGGCAAAAUGUUUUUUUAUAUCUGUAUGUGCGCGCAAGUGUGUGGGUAUGUUUGUGGAGUGGACAUUGCCGUCUUCUUCAUUCAGUUAUUGACACAACCAUAUUCAGAACUGAUCUGAAAUCAGCCUCCGUGACCCCUGACAAGGCACAUAAAUCUGUCAUGACAAAGUGGACACAGUUUCGUGUCCUUGACUCCCUACUCUCUCCCUUAAUGACUAAUUUAAAAUGGAAAACCAACCAAGCUGUGUUUUUUCUGAACUGGAAAACUGUUGUGUGAGUGUGAAAUGAACCAUGAGUACCUCAUUCGGAUCUGUCCCAGUUUAGUUUGUGUGUUGGCUUCUUUUUUUUUUUUUUUUUUUUUACUUAAACGCAGGCGUUGGAACAAACAUGCAAGGCACCCCUGUGGGGUUGUUAAUGCACUGAACUGGACAGGGGGCGAGAGGAAAUGAAAGAUACAGCUGUGAGUCUUUUCAGAGAUUCAUCACGUAUAAUGUUAAACACUGAGCUGGAUUCAAAGGAGCACCUGCAUCAUGGGAGACGAGGAGCCAUGCCUCACCAGUAGAUCUCAUAAUUCUCAUCUCAUUAUUUUUUAAAGAGGGUCAAUUCACACACAUUGUCCAAUAAUCACUUGUGACACAGUUAUUGAUUAACACAGCUAAUGCUUCAUGCCUGUUCUCUGCUCACUGCUGUGUAAGCUGCAGAGCUGCUGCAGAGUCAAAUUAAACUUUGGAAAGCAAAUAUUUACACAUUUAGAAUUCAAAUCUCACAAAAGAAGUUCCAAAAACUUAAAAUAAUAUAAUAAAAAUAAUAUAUUGACUCUCCAAUAGUAAAGUUCAAGUCGUCAGACACUUUAUGCUUGAGGACGUUACUUUCACCAACAGUUUACAGAUGUUUAACCUCCACAGCUGGCCCAGUCAGCCUGUUUCCCAUCAAAACAAGCAGGAGAGGCUGAAGCCGCCCUCCUCUCUCUGAUAACUACAGAUCCAACCUCACUUCAUCCAUCUUCCAGUGAUGGUCACGUUAUCUCCACAAAAGGUCAUUUCCAUUGCUUGGCCUGGAGGAUGCCACUGAAAUAUGAACGUAGGGGUCUGCAGUGGUAUGUGGAGGUUAACACAGAGUAAUACUGAACACAAGGGCACGAUAUAUUUGCGUAUGUGAUAAAUUAAGAACAAUGUUUUUUUCUGUAUUCAUCUUGACCAUGGCACACCCCCCUGAAACUCCUUCAAACUGGACUUUUGCUUUAUAUCUCCCUGUUGAAAAGCGUUUGGUUGCAUGUUUACAAAGUGGCUCCGUAACUUAUGAAUCUUUUUUUCAUUUCGUAUAUUUUAAGAGAGAUUUUGAUUUUAUUCCAAAGAGACGUGUGUAUGAUAAACACAAACAAAUAAAUAUUUGUGUGAAGGUCA